AUGCAGUGCUUUUACUCUCACGGCGUAAUAUUUCUGAUGGCACUUAUGCCAAUCUCCACCUCGGCGUAUGGCUCUACCGCCGAGUCUAUCAUCGAUAGCAUUCUUCGCGACGCGCCAGACUACCUGACUGCUAACGCCGAGAAAACUGGUGUGCAGGCUGUUGACAGCGUGGUUCGGUCCUGCCCUUUUUUAGUCAACCAGAUCCUGCUCCGAGGGGAAACAAUAUACACCCUCGCCAUAUGCCUUAAUGCAACAGGGUUAAAAAUUAAGCCUCCCAGUCUGGUAAGUUUUACACACUUCUGCCUCAUUGAUGGCAUUUCACACCCUUCAAAUUUGCUCCACUCCACCAAAAGCCUUUGCACCUUCAUCGACACUGCACGUAUCACCGACUAUGCCUCAGCUGCUCGCAAGUAG